AUGACUCCUUAGUUCCCUCGCUAUAUCCAUUCUCUAUGCAUCUGAUAAUCACCAUUGUUGCGCUUUGACCCGCAUCAUCCCGUCUCGAUGAACCAAUUCUUAAAUCAACUCCACCAGCAAUCCAAGAAGUUGAAUUUCUCCGUUUCUGCUCUCUCCGAGUGACUUAAUUUUCUUCUAUUCAUCUCGCAAAAAUGUUCGUGAAGCUGCAGUAUUUGGAUACGCCCUGCUUCCCUGGAUUGAGUUCCACCCUCAGGUCAUCCACCGUCGGAGUCUCAAUUUCUCCCCCUGAUAAUCUCGUCCCCAUUUCCAGGAAGCCCAAACACUGCUGGAUUCCUGAAUGUCCGAACAGAGAGUCAAAGAACGUCGGUGGAGUUAAAAAAUACACUAACGAUAAUAGUGGUCGCCGGCAGGAAACUCGCCUGAAAAAAGCGAGUAAAACGGAGGAACGAGAACCCCACAAAAGAAAUCGCCAUUUGGGUAAUAGGGUUGUUGUGAAAAAGGAUGAAUGGGAAGAUGGAAAUGGGUCGGUGGAAAAAGUGCACCCCAAGUGUUCGACGAAAUGCCUAUCGUAUGGUGGAUGCAUACCAGCGAUUUUGCAGGCGUUGGAUGAAGUCAGUGACUUGGAUGAAGCACUGAAGCCUUGGAAAGACAAGCUUAACAACAAGGAAAGGAGUAUAAUUCUGAAAGAGCAGACCAGUUGGGAGAGGGCUUUGGAGAUUUUCGAGUGGUUUAAAAUGGCAGGUGGCUAUGAAGUGAAUGUGAUUCACUAUAAUAUUCUUCUUCGGAUUCUUGGGAAGGCCCAGAAAUGGAGACUAGUUGAGAGUUUGUGGGCAGAGAUGAACAAAAGGGGUAUUAAUCCGAUAAAUUCGACUUAUGGAACGUUGAUCGAUGUUUACGGGAAAGGGGGCUUUACAGAAGAGGCGUUGGCAUGGCUUGAAAGGAUGAAUGAACAGAGAAUGGAACCGGAUGAGGUCACCAUGGGAAUUGUUGUUCAAUUGUAUAAGAAGGCUGGUGAGUUUCAGAAGGCUGAGAAUUUCUUCAAGAAGUGGUCAUCAAGAAACUCAACGAAAUGUGAGAUUACCAACCAGAACGAAGUAGCUUCUGCUAAAGUUGAGAAUUCUCUGCACCCUCCUCAUGUUAGUUUGAGUACCUAUACAUAUAAUACAUUGAUUGACACAUAUGGGAAGGCUGGACAGCUACAAGAAGCCUCAACGACUUUCGAAAGCAUGCUAAACGAAGGAGUUGCGCCGACGACCGUGACUUUCAAUACUAUGAUUCACAUUUGUGGCAACCAUGGCAAGUUGAAAGAAGUGACAUUGCUAAUGCAGAAGAUGGAGGAGCUUCAAUGCCCACCUGAUACAAGAACAUACAAUAUCCUCAUUUCUCUUCAUGCUAAGCACGAUAACAUUGACUUGGCUUCAAAUUAUUUUGCAGAGAUGAAGGAGGCUUGUCUUCGGCCGGAUAUAGUGAGCUACCGUACUCUUUUGUAUGCUUAUUCUAUCAGGCAGAUGGUUGUGGAGGCUGAACAACUCGUAGCAGAAAUGGAUGAAAGGGGACUUGAGAUCGACGAAUUCACCCAAUCGGCACUGACCCGUAUGUAUAUCGAUGCAGGAAUGCUUGAAAAGUCAUGGUCGUGGUUCUGGAGAUUUCAUCUUACAGGGCGUAUGAGCUCCGAGUGUUAUUCGGCUAAUAUUGAUGCAUAUGGAGAGCGUGGAUGUAUUGUAGAAGCAGAGAGAGUUUUUGUCAGCUGCCAAGAAGAGAAGAAGCUCACAGUCCUUGAGUAUAAUGUGAUGAUUAAAGCCUAUGGUGUGGCAAAGGAUUAUGUCAAAGCACAAAAAUCAUUUGAUAGUAUGGAGAGUAAUGGCGUCACUCCUGAUAAAUGUAGCUAUAGUUCUCUGAUACAGAUAUUGUGUGGUGCUGACAUGCCGGCCAUGGCACUCUCUUAUCUGAGGAAGAUGCAGUCAGCUGGAUUGGUAAGUGAUUGCAUUCCAUAUUCGGUGGUUAUAUCGAGCUUUUCGAAACUUGGUUAUUUGGAAAAGGCGGACGAACUUUAUAGAGAGAUGAUCGAACAUGGUAUGCAGCCUGAUAUCGUUGUUUAUGGUGUGCUGAUAAAUGCUUUUGCUGAUGCUGGGAGUGUUAGAGAAGCUAUUGGUUAUGUCGACGCAAUGAAACGGGCUGGUUUGCCCGGUAAUACCGUUAUAUACAACUCGUUGAUAAAGCUCUACACCAAAGUUGACUACCUCAAAGAAGCACAGGAAGCAUACAAGAUGCUUCAGCAAACAGAUGAUGGUCCAGCUAUCUAUUCUUCGAAUUGUAUGAUCGACAUUUAUAGCAAACGUUCGAUGGAUAAACAAGCGGAAGAGAUUUUCGAGAGGUUGAAGAGAAAGGGAGAAGCAAAUGAGUUCACUUUUGCAAUGAUGUUGUGCAUGUACAAGAAAAAAGGAAGAUUACAGGAAGCCAUUAGUAUUGCAAGACAGAUGAAGGAACAAGGACUUUUAACAGAAUUGUUGAGCUUCAAUAACAUGAUCAGUUUAUACGCUAUGGACGGUCGAUUCAAGGAGGCGGUUAGUACAUUCCAAGACAUGAUUAAAACUUCCAUUCAACCUGAUGAAUGCACGUAUAAAUCGCUCGGGGUCAUUCUGUUAAAAUGUGGCGUUUCGAAGCAGGCAGUCAGAAAGCUAGAAUUAUCGGUAAAAAAGGACGCUCAGAGCGGAUUACAGGCGUGGGGUUCGGUUCUAUCUUCUGUUGUUGGAAUGAGUAUCAAGGAUGAUUAUCUAUAAGUCCAAGUCAUUCUACUUAGAUUCAUGAGAGAGCUGCAUUUGAAUGCCUGCUCAUCUCGUGUGUUCAAAAUAGUUGCUAUAAUCAUCAAAGUAGUAAACAUUGAUCA